GGAGGCAACAGUGGUGGCCAACGCAUCGCGUGAACGCGUAAUCCGCCAUAUUGGCCGCGAAAGUCCGUCGGAGGCUGAAAGACGGCUCAGCUCGCGAAGCCGUUCGCUUCGGGGUGAAACGAGGGCGUAGCGUCAGAACCGGUGUCGUCGGUGUUAACCCGGGCAAGAGGAGGGGUGGUGGAAGAGGGCGAUCUCGUGGCGAGACACGCCGAGAUACGCCUCGAACGUUUUCCACGACCAGUGAAACAGGGUGAAAGACGAACGGUGACAGAGAGAGGGGGGAACAGAGACACGGAGAAGAGGGUGAAGGAGGAGGAAGUGCGUGGUUGACAGUGUUUCGAGUGCUUCGAGAAAAAGUGUCCGGUGAAUCUGGAUCGGUGGCUUCGACCCCGUGUACCACCCUUGGCCUACACCCCUUCGCUCGCGGGACAUCUCGUUGACCCCGUUCCACCAUCGAGCGGCACCCGCUCGGCGCGUCGCGAUCAAAAGCGAGAGUGAACGCCUCGAAUUCUCCGAAGCACGCGUAAUCUCGGAGUUUGACAGCGCGUCGGAAGAGACACGUCGGAGGUGCGUCGAGUGGAUCGAAAUAGUGGACACGGUUAACCGGGUGGCGGCAAUCUCGACGACUCGACGUUAGCUCGGUGUCCAGCGUGACAGCGCCGUGGGCUCGUCUCUCCCUCUCGUCUCGGCUUCUGCCAAUCAAUAACCAGCGCACCGACUCGUUCACGCUCUGCUCUCUGCCUCCCUCUCCCCCCUCUCUCUCUCUCUUUUGCGCACACACGUUCCCUCGUCUCUCCCUUAUCCACCCGUGCGUCCGAUCUCUCUCUGAAAAAUUGCCCGGAAGCAUCGAACGGGCCAGGCUCGCAACGGCGAUGUUUUUCCGUUUCCCUCUUCCGUCCGACUCGCAGCGUGCCCCUCUCCUCGCGCGGUCUCUUUCGCCCCUCGUUUCCGCCGUUCGUAGCCCGCCGCCCUUUUAGAGGCGACCCGUGAUCGGCAUCGACGACGACAACGAGCGUCGACGACACGAGGCGAGGCAACGUCGCGACGGACGAGCAGCCAGAGAGGCGGCGGUAGCGGCGUUCUAGCCGCGCCAGCGCCCUGCACGCAGCUUCAAACGGACAGCCACGAAACCUAUUUAUACCUCCGUCAACGUAGCGGACGACGUAGCGAGAACGGCGCCGUGUUCUGCCGCCCACGCGAGCAACAGCCCGAAGGAAGCGCGGCGAGCAACCUCGGAACACCGGUGUCCUCCGUUGAACAUCUCCGAUCCGACGGACACCGAGCGUAAACGAUCUCGUUGCUACUCGUCCCGCGUAGGAAGUCGAUGGAGGACGCGGUCAGGAACGAAAUCCCGAUGGGACAGGAUCAACGGAGUCUGGAGAGCGGCGCGACUGGAGCCCACCCAUAGGGGACGCCAUUGAGAUUCUGUCUUUCCCUUGACGCGUGAUCGACCGUCGCGCAUCCGCCGAGCUGAUCUGCGCGCUACGUCCAGCACCGGUCCGUAGCCGCUGGAUGGGGUUGGGCCGUUUGCCUCUCGGUGCGUUCGUGGUCCGGGUGUCGUCGAACGCGUCCUGGUGAUCGCUGGCUGACUUUGUCCGCGCUCUUCGGGGCCGGACGAAGCGGACGAGCGGGAAAUGGCCGGUGGUGUAUAAUAUGCGCGUGCGGGAUCGUACGACUGGACCGAGCCGCGCCGAUCCGAGCGAUCGUUGCUCAAACGCGACCGCGAUCAUCGCCGGGCACACGAACAGGGUGACCGGGCUAGCGUAGCCCCUGGUUUUGUGCGCGGCGCGUGGUGCUCGUAUGUGUCCGUCCGCGAGUGGGUGAGAAGUUCCGGCAGCAUCGACGAGCUGAGCGGAGCAUGCAGGAUUCGGGCGAGGCCCGGAGAGGCCUUAGUCCCGCGGCAGGACCGGGAUAAGGAUCGCAUCGGCGUCGAGAGAUUCAGACAGAUCGAGUGUCGCUUCCUUAAGCUGAAAUCGCACGAACGCGGGAAGCGAGCUGGACUCGCUUUUGGGCGCAUGGAACAUGAUAGAGAUGUCGAGCGGAAUCGGUGCAACUGCAAUGGGGAUCGGCGUUAGUCACGGGCCAGGGGGCGGCGAGGGCGUCGCCGGUGGGUGCCGGUUACGCGCGCAGAGCCAGAGCCAGGCGUCCGGCUCCUCGGCCAAUACGCAGCAGUCCUCCCAGCAGCAGCAACAGCAGCAACAACAGCUGCAGCAACAGCAACAACAGCCGCCCUCCUCGCAACAACAACAGUCCCAGCAACAACAGCGCCAAGGAUCGGGGAUCGCCGGCCGCUCGAAGAAGGACAAUUGCUGCCUCUGCUGGUGCUGUUGUUGUAGUUGCUCGAAUAAAUGUCUGGCGGCAGUGGGUGGCAACUCGGGGGGUGCAGGAGGCGGUGGUGACCAAGGGAAGAAGAAGGGCAACGCGGGCGUCGGCAACGAGCAAUGGGGUGGCGUCGGCGUUCACGGAGAGUUGGGGGGUGCAGGCGCGGGGAACGGUUUCGACGGGCUGGACGACCUCGACGGUAAUGGGGAGUGCAGCCUGGAGGAGAUCAGAUCCUGGGGAUCGUCGUUCGACAAGUUGAUGAGGAAUCCAGCGGGUCGCAAGUUCUUCAGGGAGUUCCUCGUGAGCGAGUACAGUGAAGAGAACAUCGCGUUCUGGCUGGCGUGCGAGCAACUGAAGCGGGAGAGCAACCCUGAGAAGAUCGAGGAGAAGGCGCGCUUCAUCUACGAGCGUUACAUAUCCAUACUCUCGCCGAAAGAAGUGAGCCUGGACUCACAAGUGCGCGAAAUAGUGAACCGCAACAUGGUGCAGCCGACGCCGCACACGUUCGACGACGCCCAGCUGCAGAUCUACACCCUGAUGCACCGGGACUCGUACCCCCGUUUCGUGAACAGCGAGCUGUACCGGCGGGUGGCCCGACUGAGUAGCGGCUCGAACAGCGAGGACCACGGCGUGGGCAAGUCGAAGGGCAAAAAGGGCACCACGUAAUCGCGCCGCGACGCGAAAUGGGGUGGCAGCGGACCAACACCCUCUCGCAGCGGGUUCGUCGAUGGACGAAAACACCCGGCAGAGCAAGCAGGCUGGGGUCGAAAACACCCCGAAUCUCUCCUCUCGACGCGAGUUCGUUUCACGAACGAACUAAAAGAACGAAGGAGAACACGAAGAAGAUGGAGAGUUAACUCUCGAAGCGAAGCGAAUCGCUCUUCCACGCGACGCCAUUUCGGGGCCACGUGACCACGCUCGCAGCGACGCGAACGUGCACGAACUUGACACGAUGGACUGAACAAAGUAAAAUAAAGUAACAAAUACAAGAAAAAAAUAUAGGGAGAAGGAAGGAGAAAGGAAUGGUACCGAGACGAUGACGGAGAAUGGACGAAGCACGAUCGCGUACGAUCGCGGAGAUAUGGAAUGACCAAGUGACUUCUUGUCCACAUUCGGCCAUCUUGUUCUUGUAGGACCCUAAGUACUUGCUAGUAGAUCAUCUUCGAGUUACACAGGGUGACUUAGUCGGUACACAGUCGACACUCUAGAAAGUUAGGAACUUUCGUGUCUUCGAGUUCCCUGGUUUCUGAUGCACCUUUUCUCGAAUUUCGAAAUCUUCAAAUCGAGACGUGGGUAUCCUAAGUUCGGUAUGAUUCAAAUCUGCAAAUUUUUUAAUCUGAAUCUUCAUGAUAUUAUUUUCAAAUCUUUAAAUUUUGGCAAAGUCCCCAAAUCUGCAAAUCUAUGCACCAAUUCUCAAAUCCUCUUUUCAUCAAAUAUCUAAAUCUCCUAUUCUAACCUAUCUUUCCUAAGUUCACAAACCUUCAACCUCCAUCAUCUAAAAUCCUUAGAACAGUUUCUAAAAAGUCUCCAGAUUUAAAAAUUCGAGAAUCGGACUUCAAACCAUAAAUAUCUAAAUUCCAACGUCUGGCAAGUUGUUCACCAAGAGUAGCUUCCAGCCAACUCGUCAGACGCACAGUACACAGGAAGUAGCGACUUGCGGUUGAUCUGUGGACAAUUUGGUAGCGGAGAUCGUAGCUGCCGACAAGUUGGCACUUGGUCAUACCCGGCGAUCAUUGACUCUUCCUUCCAAAACACUUUUUUGGUAUACACGCUCGUUCACGUGACAUAAAGGCAUGGAUCGAGAAUCGGAACGCAAGCGGGUCGGUCGGGGAUGACGUUCAUCUUUCAAGGAAGUUCCUAAGUUCCAUCGUCUUUUGCGAUGAUCUCUCUUUCUCCCCUGUUUCAAACGAACCGCGACUACGCUCUCCCUGUUCGAGCUCUCUCAUCUCUCUCCCUGCUCUUUUGCUACUACUCCCUCCGCUUUUACCCUUCUCUCUGUCUCGCUUUUUAUCAACGUACACCCGUCGAACGAUUUUGUAGUUGGAUUUGCGAGUCUUUGCGAGAUGGCUGCUGUAACUUGGGAUAUGAACAAUUUUGGUGUUUGAAUUUUAUUUAGUUUGGAGUUUUAUGAAAUUGGAAUUUGAAAAUUUGGGGUAGUUUGUAAAUUUCGGGGUCUAAUUUGUAUUUCUACGUUCUGAAAUUCCCAUGUUCUCUGCUUCCACGUUUCUUAAUUCCACGUUUCCUAAUUCCCACGUAACUUAUUUCCACGUUUCUUAA